AUGUCGAAAACUUCGGAAACGACUUCAGGGUUCGCCGAGCUCUCCAAAAACAAGAGAGUGCUGGCUUGGUGUCUCCUCAUCUUCAUUCUACCGAUCAACUUCGGCUACGAGAUCGCCCUCGUCGGCAACAUCCUCGCCAUCCCCGCCUUCUUAGACCGCUUCGGCGUCACCACAACCACAGGCGUCAAGGAGAUCACCACACACGACCAACAAGUCCUCAAUGCGGCAACAACAGUCGGCGUCUUCCUCGCAGCUUACACAACUGGCUUCAUUUCCGACAUAAUCGGUCGCCGUCUGGUCGUCCUCCUCGGAUGCGUGUUCUGCAUUGCCGGAAUCCUCGUCCAGGGUUUCUCCAACUCCAUAAUGAUGCUCUUUGGCGGAAAGCUCAUCAGCACAGUCGGGUUCGGACUGGGACACACCCUCGGCCCAGUAUAUGUUGCAGAGAUCGCACCAGAUUCCCUCCGUGGUGUUUGUCUCAUCCUCAUCAACACCAUGAUUGUCCUCGGUCAGUGGUCGUGUGCGCUGAUCGGAUACGCCGGGUCGUUCAUCAGCAGUGACUGGGGAUGGAGGAUCCCCGUGUUUACCCAACUUGUCCCUCCGGUUCUUCUCAUUGUGCUUGGAGGCAUUCUUCUUCCGGAGUCGCCAUCGUGGCUGCUGAUGAAGGGAAGGCGAGAUGAGGCGGCAAAGUCGUUGCGCAGGUUCAACGGCCCGAAGCACGACGUCGAGGAAACCCUGGCCAUUAUGGAAAGCACGCUGGAGAAAGAGCAAGAGCUGAACCACAAGGGUGCAUCCUAUCUCGAGUGUUUCAAGGGGCCAAACCUACGCAGAACUACCAUCGUUGUCGUGGUUCUCUUGGCGCAGCAGCUGGCUGGAUCGAACUUCGUGGCAUCGUACCUACCCUACUACUUCACAAUUGCAGGCGUUGGAAACCCGAUUGGAAUUGCUCAAGUAUGCUACAGCAUCCAACUUGUCGGAAAUAUUUGCUCCUGGUUCCUCAUCGAGCGCACUGGCCGUCGGCCUCUGAUUGUCGGCGGCAUCAUCUCCAUGUCAGCUCUUCUGUUGUUGAUUGGUGGACUCAGCGUCGUUGAAGGAAAUCAACGAGUACUGCAGGCUGUUGUCGCUUUCAUGGCGCUGUGGGGCUUCCUGUAUCAGCUGUCCAUUGGUGCUGUCGCAUUUGCUGUGGGUGGUGAGACGCCCUCCCCCCGCCUCCGCCAGAAGACCUACUCGAUCACCGUCAUGAGCAACACCGCAGCCGGUUGCCUGGUGACCCAGCUCAUCCCCUACCUUAUCAACCCGAGCAACGCCAACCUGGGCGGAAAAGUUGCAUUCGUCUUCUUCGCUCCGUCAUUGAUCUGCUCCGUCUACCUGUACUUCUGCUUCCCGGAGAUGAAGGGCCGCAGCUACCUCGAACUGGAGGACAUGUUCCAAAAGGGAGUUCCAGCAAGGCAGUUCAAGAGCUACAAGUGCGAAGUGGAAACGGUAGAAGGAAAAGACGGAGAGAAGGUCGCAGUGGUGCUAAAAGAGUGA